AUGGCAGCACCAUACACCGAAUCGCAAGAAAAAGCUAGCUCUGAGCUCGACCCUGAAACAGUUGAGCUGAGCAGGACUGCAUGCAAAAAGCUCGUUUUUGCCGCCUACUGUGUGCUUGUUUUUGCAGCUUUUGUCGAAACUUUUGCCGGAGACUCCACGUCGGGUCUGGAUUCCUACGCCACGUCCCAUUUUGAUGCCCAUGCCCUGAUUUCCACCGCCGAUGUCACCUACAAAAUCACGGCAAUCGUCUCGUAUCCUAUAAUGGCCAAGCUCAACGACCUUUUCGGCCGCAGUGAGGGUUUCGGUUUCUCUGUCUUUGUGUACACCAUGGCGUACGUUCUUUACGCCGCAUGCCAGAACGUGCAAACUUAUGUCUGUGCAGAGAUUCUGUACGCUGUUGGCAAAAUUGGGUACCGUGUGUUCCAGCAGGUGUUCAUUGCUGAUACUUCCUCUCUCAUCAACCGUGGUCUCAUGUCGCAGCUUCCGGACGCCAUUGCGGCAGUGCCUUCUCUUUACGUCGGAUCCGUCAUUCAGGACGCUUUCAUCGAGCACUCCACCUGGAGAUGGGGCUAUGGAAUGUGGGCCAUUGUCAUGUUCGUCUCUUGUCUUGUUCUGACCACUAUGAUGUACAUUGUCGACCGCAAGACCAAAUCCACUGGUCAAGACAAGAUUAUCAAGUCUUUCGAGGGCCUUCCUGAAGGAAACUUCUUCAAGAAGGCCGGAUACUACCUGUUUGUCAAACUGGAUCUGUUUGGAGGCAUUCUGAUGGCCGUUGGACUUGUGCUCUUUUUCAUUCCACUCACACUGACCGGAAAGUCCAGUCCAUACAAAUGGCACGAAGCCAGGCUCAUUGCACUUCUGGUGGUUGGGUUCGUCAUUUUCUGUCUGUUCCUCCUGUGGAACACCAAGGUUGCCAAGUAUCCGUUUGUGCAACACAAGGCCCUGUUGCAAAAAACCACGUUGCUCGCCUGCAUCAUUGUUGCUCUGGACUGGUGUGAGAACUCGGCCUUCUCCACGUAUAUGAAGACGGUGCUUCAGGUUUCCGACUACGUGACUGUUGGAGAGGCCAGCAGGAUCGACAACUCGAAGAAGGCGUGUCUCCAAAUUUUCAGCGUUGUGGGAGGACUCAUGAUGAAGUAUACCAAACGCUCCAAACUGUUUGUCACCUCAGGAAUUAUUCUCCUUUACCUGGGACACGUUCUGUUGGUGUACUUUGUCAACACGGGCGACGGCAUGGCUGCCAGGCCGCUUCUGUACAUGGCCGAGGUGUUUAUCGGUGCAGGCAGAGGUUUCUACCAGUGCGCGUUGCAGGUGAUUGUGCAAGCUGUGGCUGGCCGUCACAACAUUGCCAUGUCGACUGCUUUCUUCCUUGCAUUCAGCUCCAUUGGCUCUCUGAUUGGCUCUGCCAUUGCAGGCUCGAUCUGGAACACGGUGAUUCUGUCCAAGCUUAAUAAGUAUCUGCCAGAAGACACCAAGAGCAACGCCAACAAAAUUUACAGCAGCAUCAAGGUGGCUCUCAAGUACAAGAAGGGAACCGAGGAGAGAGAUGCCAUUGCCAGGGCCUACCGCGAAACGCAGCAGAUCAUUGGAUGGGCCACUGUGGGCGUCAUCACUCCUAUGCUCAUUAUGAUGCUGCUUGUUCACAACGUUCAGCUCACCGACAAGGCCGAUGUUUAUGAGAACGACACUGCCUUGGAGUCGGCGUCUGUGGCCGACGUUACCGCCACGAGCGGCGAAGAGAAAGAGGUUUCUCAAGGACCAACGAAAUUGACUCUAAGACAGGACAUUCACAAGCAGAGCCCAGAUCUGUUCCUGCUUAUGAAUCAGCUAAAGACCUUAUCCAUGUAUCUCGCUGCUCUUGAGUGAUACUCUAGCUCGUCUUCGUCUUGCGAAUAGCUCAGAUCAAU